GACGCAUAGGUAGUGGACACUGUUUGGCGGCAAAGGAAACGUCGAACACGAGUUCGCAGCUCCUCAGCUUGGUCUUCUACCUCCGUGUUAUUUUACUUCGAAGCACCCAUCUUUCAAUUGCGGUGCUCUCUCCUAUGUAUAUUGUGCCGUAGAAGCUGUCGUUGAAUUCUUUGUUCUCUCAAAGCCUUGACCUUCUUUGGUUUUCUUCAUUAUCUUUCCUCAUUGCCUUCAUAUCUGCAUCGUCACAGUCUACCGCCCAGUAACAGCAACAAGAAGAGUUCAUGUCUAACGUCGUUUUUGAAGCCCACUCCCCAAAAAAUAUAUAGCACACACGUUGUUUCUCGAGGCAGGAGUGCCUGGCCGGUAUUCCAUCGUGAUCUUUAUUUUAUUAUUAUUGUUUUCAUUCUCAUUGAUAUCACUAAAGAAGGAAGAAGAAAAAAAGUUUCUUGCCAUUUUGUCUGUGUGGAGGUGCUCCGUCGUGUGAAGCGUACGAGCAGCAAAUAGCUAAACAAACGACAUUUCUCAAGCGCAACCUUUUUUUUUUUCUACCAGCUUCUCAAACGAUGCGGUUCUUCCACUUGAAGCAGAAGGUCUACACGACCGACACAUCUCCCGCGAUCAACAGUGAGGAUGUCGGCGUGGAAGGAAAGCGCUACCCGACGCACAAGUUUGGGCGCUUCAUCAGCAACUACCCCAUCUUGAUGCUCGCGACGUUUUUGCUGCCGUUGGCCUUCUUCAUGGUCGGGUGUGUGCUCAUCACUUCUGAUAUGUCGUACUCGUUGGACGACUUCCAGAUCCGCUCCACCAUUCCUAUCCGCAGCGACGCAUUGAAAAUCAACUCGGUGCUAGAUGAUUGGGCACGGAUUCUAAGUGGGACAGAUUUGCUGGCGGGCAGCGUGAACCUCAAGCACGACCGCGCCAUCGUGAAGGAUACACUGGAGCUGCGCGCCGUCAUUGACCUCGAGGCAGUCUUCAAGGCACAGAAGCAGUAUAAUUACAGCGAUGACAAACGUGCUGAAAUGUCCAACAUGCUUAGCCCGUCCAACAUCGCGAUGUACCGCGUCAUUGAGAAGAUGAUCACGCAACAAGAAUUCUACGAGGAUGUGUGUUUUACGAACGACUUGCGUGGCGGUGUGGUGAACAACGUUUAUCCCACCUGUGUGCCUGUGUCGAGUGUAACGCAGUACGUCUUCCCGGUGUGGAACGGGACGUCGUGGAACAUGGACGGCAGCGGUGACGUUUACCAACUUGACGGCCUUCCUCGCCUCUUUUCGAAUCCCAGCUACGGGUGGUUCUUCGACAACAACUUCUCCACACUGAACCCUGUGGCCCGUCAGCUGCGCUCGCAGUACACCUUCGCCUCUACCAGAGGGGAGAACCGAAAGCUGUACCUGGACCGUAUGCAAAAGUUCCUCCCCAAGGCAACCAGGUAUCUAACGGAGUCAGUCAACAUGUACUACGCAAAACUCUACCUCGGCGGUGGAACGUCGCAAAAUCUGCUGAUGGAGAUUGCAGGGCGGAAAGAGGGCUUCAAGGUUGGCGUGGCUGCCGUCAUCUGCUUUGUGUUCAGCUGGUGGCAUUGCCGUACUUUCGUGGUGGGCCUGUACACGGUGGCGCAAACCAUGAUCGUGUACAUGGCGACCGUCGGGCUGUACGCUCUCAUCUACCGCACUCUGCCGCUGACGACGUAUUCCGCGAUCAUCUGGGUGACGACGUUCUGCAUGCACGGGACGCUGAGCUUCUACGACAUGUUUGUGUACAGCGGUGUCAUGGCGACGAAGGGCCGGCAGAACAACCUGAGCGUUGCACAGCGGCUGUGCUUCACGAUUCGGCGCGUGUCGAUUGGCGUGUGGAUCGCGGAUGUGCUUGCCAUCGUCAUCUUCGCCAUCAACACGACGUCGCUGUUCAACUCGGUGGUGCAGUUCAGCGUGUUCAUGAUGAUCGCGCUGCUGUGGAACAUGUACUGCGUCGUGCUGUCGACGCCCGCGCUUGUUGUGUUCCACCACAUGUACUUCGCGAACAAGCGACGCAACCUGCAGAAGCAGAACGACGUGCUGAACGCUGCGAUGCAGGGGUGCCGGCGCCCGGAGCACAUGGUGAACCUGCUCGGCGUCGUGCAGGAAAACGUUGCAGACGGUGAGAAACCCUACUGGAUCGACGAAGAUUUGAUUAAGGCCCGCAUCGGUGCUAACUGUGGAGUCAACAAGCGGGAGUUUCACGGUUUCAAGGAUUUCAUUCGAGUAGAAACGCGCACCGGAUACGAUAAAUUUCGCGCUGCGCGUCGUGACAUCGUUGGUGCCAUGCACAAGGUGCAGAAGACGAAGCAACUGGUGGUGGAAGGAAAACAGUCGAACGACGUUGAACUUGCUGCUGCUCAAUUACAGGACUUCUUGCAGGUGGGAGACGCAAACCCGCUCGCCGACGAGGCCGGCGCUGGCGGCAAUGGCCCCAACCUGUACUACAACCCCCGCAUGGUAUUACCCUCCGACCUCAUCCACAUCCCCCCUGUCUACGUCGAACGCAGUGAGGAGUGCUGGGCUGGUUUGUGCAGCGCUCUGGGGCAGCCCGCACAGAGCAACAACGGGGAGAUGGUGGCACCCCGUAUAGAAAGUUUAGCCAACCAAGGCGGCAGCGACGCCGAGGCGGCGACCUUUGCGGAGCUCUGGCGUGAAGCUGGCACGCGCAUCGGGGUGGAAACCACCUCUAACAACCGAACCGCCUCACUCGUUCCUCUGGCGGUGCGAAAUAUCGUACGGGCCCACGACCCAAACAUGGUCGUCGACACCGGCGUACGAGUCGUCCCGCUGAACUUGGAGGACGAUGCCGCUGCCCCUUUUGGUGCAACUGCCGCUCCGUCGUCUGCUGGUCCUCGGCUGACAGGUGGCCCUUCCGGCUUCGGACUUGCCAAACUGCGGUAUCGGUGGAUGCACCGCGACGAUGUACGGCGGUCGCGUUGUUGCGGCAUGUUCGGUAAAGUGGAAGACGAGAAGCCUGACGAGCGCAUGCAGCGACUGUUGCGACGCAAGGUGAAGCGAGACGGCUAUUCACUCUUCGAACGCUUCUUGCUGGCCUAUUUCCUUCCAGCCGUCUACCGUGUGCGUUACGUGUUGCUUGUGCUGCUCUUCGCGAUGUUCAUUGCGCUGUGCGUGGCAGGGUCUUUCAUCAAGGCGGGCGGUCUGCCCAACACGCUCAUAGCGGGCCAAGAGGCAACGGCAGCUAAAUUUGCAGCGAUGGACGAUACCUUCGGUCAGCGUGGCGACUGCACCUUCUGCGCUCCUUACUACCGAUCUGCUCAAGAUUACCGGCAGGCAAACGCUACCGAUAUUGCAGCAUGCUCUCCUGCAAACGGUGCGCAGAUGAACCUGUACGUUGACUCGUGCGGCGUGUGCAACGGCACGAACGCGUGCGUGGACUGUGCUGGCACGGUAGACGGCGGUGCCACUCUGGACCACUGCGGCGGCUGCAGCGUGCCGGGUGCACUGACGCCGACGAUGUGCACGUGCAGUGUUACGCGAAACUGUUCGUACUGCGACUGGGCGGUGAGUGGGCUGCUGAUCCCGGUCGGUGAAACCUGCACCACUGUGUGUCCCGCGACGAGCCGGUGCGGCGCGCAUGGGACGUGCGAUCAGUACACGGCGCAGUGCCAGUGCGACCCGGGCUACAGCGGUGCGACGUGCGAGGCGCAGGGCGUCGACUGCGGGUCGCACGGCACGCUGGAUGCGGCGACGCAGCGCUGCAGGUGCGCCGCGGGCUGGUCGGGGACGCACUGCAACGUGUCGAGCCAGUGCGGCGGGCGUGGAUCGCUGCUGAGCGCUGCGGAGUCGCCGACGGGAGCGGCGAUGUGCGCCUGCGUGGGGCACUGGCGCGGUGCGACGUGCCAGGUGUGUGACUGCAUGAACGGCGGCAUGUGCAACGGCGCGACGGGCGAGUGCGAGUGCGUCGGCGCGUUUGUUGGGCCGCGGUGCGAGACGUGCGCGGGGAACUGCACGCUGCGCGGCACGUGCCCCGACGUGACGACUCCGGACUACAGCCUGUGGAACGUGCGGACGUGCAUCGCGAACGCGUGCGUGCAGCACGACGAUGCGACGAAUGUGAACACGAUCCCGGAGACGAUGUGCAGCGCGUGCGAGCGCACGGGGACGACGGGCACGACGACGGCGUGCAGCUCGGCGGCUAACCGGGACAGCUGCCUGGCGAACGUUGACUGCUGGUGGUACACGGGGCCCACGGGGGCGCCGUACUGCGGCCUUGCACGCGAGAAGAACGACACGUCGCCGCUGGACUGCACGUGCAAGUACCCGGGCGUGUGGUCUGGCGAGACGUGCGGGGCGUGCCUUGCGCCGAAGGGUGCGACGUGCCAGGAGGACGGGACGGUGCUGGGGUGCAACGGGCUUGUGUACGUGUCCGCGAGCGCCGCGAUGCGCACGGACGCGUGCGGUGUGUGCGGCGGCAACGGGCUGUGCCGCGGGUGUGACGGCAUUCCCGGCAGCGGCAAGGUGUACGACGCGUGCGGUGUGUGCGGUGGCGACGGCAAAUGCACCGGCGCGAGCACUGCGCAGCCCGUCUACGUGGACUACCUCUUUGACCUGACCGCCGUACGCACCAUCGAGAACAACGAGAACUGGUGCAAGGUGGUGGCCACCAUUGCGGCGACGGUGCGCGCGUCCGACGGAACGGGCUCCCAAGCGAAGAGUGUCCUCGAGGAUUACCUUAGCGUUUCCGCGCACUACAGCAUGGAUAGCAUCACCUCGUUUUAUCGCUUUGCAGUUGCGAACGGCCGAUUGAGCGAGGCGGUUUUCUCCUUGAAUUCUAAUGGAGAGCCGGUAAAACUACUACACAUCCGUUAUCGCGUAGAGAGUACAAUAGUGAACAGCGAGAGCACCUCCAAGCUGAUUGUGUCCUAUUACUAUUGGAUUGAGAAGUACCUCAUCGGGCCAUUCCACACGUUUGCGAAGACGAACGACGUGUCUGUCUCGUUCACGAGCACUGUCUUCCAGCCCGCGGUUGCGAGGGUCGGCGCGCUGCAGAGCCUGUGGUUCUCCGUGGGCAUCGGCCUUGCCGUGACGUUUGUAUUCCUGCUGGUGUACUACGUGAGCGUGACGACGGCCGCGGCUGCGACGAUGGUGGCUGCGAUCGUGUGCUUCGGGUCGCUGACGGUGUGCAUGAUAUUCAGCUGGGACGUGGACGCGGUGCUGCAGGUGUGCAUCAGCUGCACGGUGCCGAUCGGCGUGGAGUACGUGGUGCACUUCUGCAGCGGCUACUUCGACUAUUUGCAGACGACGACGUCGCACCUCUUCGCUAAAGACGUGACGCGGCGCGCCGCUGUCCAGGGUGCGCUUCUGCGGUCUGCGUCGGCGGUGUGCACUUCGGCGGUGACUGUGAUCGUCAUCUCGAUCAUGUUUGACGCGUCUGAGCUGACGCCUUUGAAGCGCUGUGGCCAGAUCAGCAUCACGCUGCAUCUGCUGAUCCUGAUUGCGGGUGUGCUCUUCAUAGGCGCUGUGGCCGCCUUUGGUCCGAUGAAGGCGUACCAGCACUGGACGCUCUCCAGCCUGCUGUGCGUUGUGUGCGCGGUGCUGGCUGCCAUCGCGGUGCUGAUCAUGUACGGUGCGAACGGCGUACUGGGGCCGCACGCCAACAAGAUCCUGACGCACUGA